UGGUGGUUGACUUACAAAAUAUAAUUCGCCAAAAUUAUUCAUUAUAAUAAAAGUAUGGUUCGUGGAGCGCUCCGAGGCAGCAGGCCUAUGCGCGGCGGGAUUCGUCCGCCAUUUAAGAAAACCUUUGUACCCCGACAUCCGUUUGAUUUAACUUUAACCGAAGUUGUGUUUCCCAAAGUCUCGCCGGUUGUGGAUGAUUCUGCGUUGACAGCGGCUCUAUUGAAACGCAACCAAGACCUAAGUCCUAGCCCCACUGAACAGGCUGCCAUUGGUAACUUGGUUACUAAAGUUCAGGUUGUCUUGGAUAAUUUAGUCGUUGCGCCAGGCGACUUCAAUACUUGUCAAUUAGAAGAAGUGCGCCAAGUUGGGUCGUUCAAAAAGGGCACUAUUCUCAGUGGCAACAAUGUGGCCGAUGUGGUGGUUAUUCUCAAAACACUGCCGACAAAGGAGGCUUGUGAGGCACUGGCCAAGAAGGUUGAGGCGGACCUAAAAACUAACAUGAAAACUGAAGUGCUAGCAAAGGGUGAACAACAUACCCUAGAAAUACACGACAGAGGCUUCGAUGUGUCCAACUCACAGGCCCGAGUUCGUAUUCUUAUUGCCACCUUACCGCAGAACUUAAGAAAGCUGGAACCGGAAAUUCAUAUGGAUCACAAGCUAAUGCAAAGCCAUUUAGCUGCUAUACGCCACACUCGCUGGUUCGAGGAAAAUGCUCACCAUUCUUCAAUAAAAGUUCUCAUCCGCAUCUUAAAGGAUCUAACCAAGCGAUUUGAUGCUUUUUCGCCUCUUUCGUCAUGGAUGCUUGAUUUAAUUGCCCACCUGGCAAUAAUGAACAAUCCAUCGCGUCAGGCUUUGCCAAUCAAUUUGGCAUUUCGUCGUGUAUUUCAACUGCUCUCUGCAGGACUAUUUCUACCAGGCUCAGCUGGUAUAACCGAUCCAACUGAACCGGGUCACAUACGGGUCCACACAGCGAUGACGCUGGAACAACAAGAUGUAUGCUGCUAUACGGCGCAGACGUUGCUGCGUGUCUUAGCACACGGCGGAUACAAGCACAUCCUUGGAUUGGAAGGCAAUACCAGCAUUGUACGUGAAAUGUCCGUUUGGAAUGGGGUCGUCGUGUCACCACUAAAACCCGUAUAUGAAAAGCCGACCGACAAAAAGGAGGGUGAUCUCGAGGAGGACAUUGAAAUGAUUGAGAAUGAUAAUGAAGAUGUUGGUAGUGACGAUGCAGCCGAAUAAUUUAGUCAAUAAGAAUUUCAUUACGUAUAAUUAUAAAAUACAA